AUUUCGCUACCUGCUCCAGCUAUCGCAGACCGCUUCUCAGCCGUACAUCGAUUAACGAUGGAACGGCACCGUCGUCCAGCGGAACGGAGCAGAAUCAGCAAGAGCAGCAACAGCAAACUAGUGGCGGCAAAGGCGCCGUCAGUAUAACAACGACGACGACGACGACGACGACGACGACGAUGACGACGAUGACGACGACGACGAUGACGACGACAACGACGACGACGACGACGACGACGCCGCAAAGUCCUGCCACGAGGCCGGAGGAUCUCAGCGUGACACCCUGGUACCAGGAAGAUCAUCCGACGAGUGAUACUUCGCCGGGGCCAAUUGGCAAUCGAAGCUCGUACCCCUCGUACUCGUACGCCGAUAGGGAUAGCAAGCUAGAUUUGAACUCGACGAGAAACAGCAGUCUCGAGAGCGAAUUUCCGACGGUGCCGAUAGCACGAAAAGCUUGCAUGGAUCUAAAGACCGCGAUGGAAUUGUUGGAUGAAACCUGUCCGAACGUAGAACCCAGUCCGUCUCUCACUCCGAGAACGCCCAGAACGCCGUACGCGACACGGAGCAAGCGGGCUCGCUCCAAGAGCAGUGACAAUUCAUCCAACUACAGCAACGAUCGGUUGAGCGAUCGUUCGUUCGAGACGGCCAAAGACAAGGAAAAGAAGAGACCCUUUCUCAAGAAAAUCGGUAUCUCAAAGACGGAGGACCGACCAUUCCUGGCAAAGUUGGCACCGAGAAUCAUCGGCAAGCCUUAUUUACAGAAGAUUGGACCUAGUAAAGCUAUCGAGAAACCGUUCCUGGAUAAAAUCGGCUCGUCCAAGACUCUGAGCAAAUUCAUCUUCGAUACAUCGCGUAACGAACGUAAGAAUGAACCUAGGACGAAGACGAACGACGCGAUGAAAAAUCACGAGACAAAAAAUAAUAUUAGGCACGAGAUCGAGCAAGUUGCUAUCAAAGAGGAUAUCGAGAGCCUCACUGAAGUGCCAGAGACUACGCCUAUUAUUUCCUAUCUAGAACAAGUGCCACGCAAACCUAUACAGAGCUCGCAAACGACCUUCGAGAGAAGACGUUCGGGUAAAGAGUUUCUGCUCAAGAUGUACUCCUUCGAGACGGAGGAUCUCGAGUCGACUGUACCGCCGAAGGAACGAAACACCCUACACGGCACAUCUCUGGACGAUGUGCUGGAUUCGGGCCCGAGCUCGUUGCCGACCGAUAACAGUGACGAGCCAACGGAAUCGCGGCAAGAAUUGGAGAAAAGGCCAACUGCCGAGUUAUUAAAAUGCCGAGUGACCACAAGCGAGGAGAUCAUAUCCUCCUCUACCACGUGUCUGAACUCACCAGGCGAAACUACUAGUUGGAGCAACUCGCCGCGAAAAGCACAGCGAGCGAAAAAGGAAUCGGCCACUAUGAUUCGACGUAGAAUCUUUCAGGGUUCUCACGAAGUCGUUCGUAGUGACAACAGCAUGCCGAAUUCACCCACGAAGAGGCCCAUCUCGAGUAUCUCUCCUGAUCGUGAAAUCGAGUCUACAUCGAGAAACAAUGGUCUGGAGAGAGGAACUCUUUCUCCGACCAAGACGAGGAAAUCAAACAUCGAAGGUAUCAGAACGGUUGAAAAUACGCGCAGGUCAAUAAAAUACAAUCAGUUUGAAAGACGGGGCAUCUCCUCGGAUAAUCUCUUGGCGAAAGACGCUCUCUCAUUCGUCACUGCCGCUCGCACCAUGACCGAUAACAUCGGAAGAACGCGGGAGAUCUCAUCGGAAGAUUCACUGACGACUCAUCGAGAAUACACGAGAGAGACGUUCAAACAAUUGCAAGACAAAUUUAGACUGCAAGAAAUACCCAUGGAGAGUUACGCGGCUUUCAAACGACGCACUAAAGCCGUUCCGGGAUUUAUAAGUCGACAAGAAAGACUGAAUCUUUUACCAGGUGAUCUCGACAUGACCAUAAAGAUUAAAACUAGAACAGAAAAUGUUGCACCGGCUGCGGACAAUGCGAAUGCGAGCGAAACUGCCGUAGACAAACGAGAUCGCAGUCAAGAGGGUACGGUAAGAUCCAUUUUGAGAAAGCAAGAGGGAAUCGAUCAUCCCGAUCAGGAAUCGGAUAGCAACGCGUCCAUCAGACGGCCGAUGAGGCGAAUCUUUCAUGAACCAUCGCAAGAAACUAUGGAUCUACUGACGGAACUGCGCAAGGUGAAGAGCUUGUUGAAGACUCCGUCCUGGGAAAAAGAUUUGGAUGUCGAUCAGAAGCCGGCGCGGACGCCGAAGCGUAUUCUGCUAACGGAUAAGGAAUUCUGUCUUUCGGUAGAACGGGAGAAUAGCGUGCGACGUCCGUCGAGGAUACUUAACUCGCUAGAGACCACGGAAAAGGGUAAAAUUAUAUCGAAUCAGGAAAAUAAAGAGAACAACUCUUUGCUCUCUAGCAAUGAGACGACGAAAACCGUUCAGAAAUCAUCCGGACCAGCUCUGUUCGAGAAAAAAUGUCUGUCGUUGGACUAUGCUGACGAAGAUAAGCCUCAGAAGCCGGAAGCCAGAGCAAUCUCUUUGGCCUCUACGAGGGAUUUGCCGUCCGAAACCGAGGAGACCGACGAUUAUCCCGACUUGGCGUUAAUCUGCGAUUCGAAGAGUUGCUCCUCGAGCGUCUUCAACUCUCCGUCCGAGGAGACGAACAAGAAAGAUUUUGUCGACGACGAGCCAACGGAGGCCAACGGAGAACGAUCGAAAAAGCUCAGUCAGAAUCAUUGCGCCGAGGUAGAUAUCGCCAUUCCCAUCGAUCAAAAAAUGAACAGUUCCAAAGGUGAGGGCGUUCAAGGGCGGACUAGCGAUCUUUAUGAGAUCAUAUCACCCCGAUCGACGCCGUUCCGUGUUAAGAAGCGACUCGGCAAAAUCUCCGUUGAAGAGACUGUCAAGCCGGAGAAUUUCACCCUCGGUUCUAAGGUCGACUGCCGAUCGGUCGUUGCUCAGAAACGGACCAAGUGCUUCCCCUUAUAACGCACGUCGAUCUGCCUGUGGGCGAGAUUCUCUGUGGCAUCGACUCGUGUCUUCGUACCGUAAGAAGAUACGUAGAUAAUGCUGCGUCUAGUCUUAAUCCUUUCGAUAUCGCGUUAAAUAUAAUAUUAUCGUGUUGUGUACAUAAUUUCUUAUAUUUUAUUUAAACAAAAAGAAACUGUAUUUAUCCUGCAGAAUUCGUCUGCAAACUGUCUUAAGGAUGUUUAAUAUCUAUUUUCAAAGAAUUAUGGAUUUAACAAAAGUUUUACAAAUUAACAGAUUGUCGAAGAUUUAUUUUAAAAAAUUCCGAGUCAGUUUACUAAAGCAGUAAAAAGUUACAAAAAUUUUAGUUUUCAACGAAUUUACCCGUAACUUUAUAGAAAACAUAUGAUCGCGUUAAUUCAAAUGACUAAAAUAGAUAGAAAAAAAAUAGGAAUUAGUUAAAAAUUUGAAAAAAUAUAGUUUAGAUAUAGAAAAAAUAGUAAAAAUAAUUGAUUAAAUAAUUUUGACCAAGUACUCAAUAAUUCAAAAGAUAUUAAUCCAACAUAUUUUAUGAUUGCACAUUGAUAAGAAAAAUAAAAAGAGAAUUAUUAUUAAACAGUUAUAUUAAAAAAGUAUUAUUGUACAACGCGUAGAUAGUGAAAGGAUUAAAUCUAUCGAGUGAUUCUUAAUAACAGUUAUAUUCUACGUUUAUCUUUAUACGGUACAAGCAUUUCUUCUUGAGUUGCUUCUAAGAUCAAACAAAUUAAUAACUGAAAUCUUGUCAAUAACUCGCCUAAUAGAAAAGAUGUCUCAAUUCAUGUUAAACGGAUAUUUUUCUCAUAUGAUCAUGCUCGUUUAAGGUGAUUAGUACACUAUCGUUAUUAAUUCUCAAUUAGUUCGAAAUUAAUCGUGUAGAUAAACGACAGUAACAAUUUCUAGUUAUAUGUAAAAACAUAUAAACAGAUGUAAUGAUGCCAUCUGCUAAAUAUGACUUUUUAGCUUUCAAAUGGCCCCUGUUGCAUUUCUGUAUCCUUUUUUAUUUUUUCAUCAAUAUUGUCACUCGGAUACAGUGAACGCACAAAAAAUAUGAUAAUGAUUAAAAAAUAAAAAGACGCUCGCGCGAAAAAAUUUGAAAGUAUGCAUAAUGAUAACAGAUGCCAUUUCAUUUCGCUCUCUAUUGCAUAAUAUAAAGAUAUUAUCUCGUCUAUUGAUCAAAUAAAAGUGACAACCUGUCGAAAGUAUAAUAGACUUGGUUUAACGUUGGGAGAUAAAGAGGAAGAUAAAAAGCAACGGAAAAAGAUCAUUGAAGUCUCAUAAUCGGUAAAAAAAAAAAAAAAAAGAAAAAAGAAAACGUCAGCUUUAUGAGGAGAAUCUGUCCAGCUUAGAGCCUAAUUUCGGAGUUUUCGGCGCAACGAAAUCCGGGACGUGCGAGAACUCCUAUCGAAAUAUUCUAAAGUGCACCCCGACCAUUUUUUACUCGAUGUUUUCGAGAAAGGCCCGAAAUGGAAAUGAAAGCUCGAUACGGCUGUAGAGAUUUUUUACUCGACGCGCGAGGACGUCCGGCGAAAAACCCUUCUGUUGAACAGAGAGUGCCUUGUUCAUGUGGAUAGAUAUUAUUUAAAAGAACAAACAUACGCGAAAAAAGUCCUAAUCGACGAUUUAAUUCCGACUGCGCGCCGGAUUUUCUGAAUGGGUCCACGGAGUCGCGCUCUCGUCGAGUUGACAUCGCAAUUCUCUCCUUUUCCCAUCUUUCUCUUUCUGAGAAAGAUUUUCACAAUAUUGUGAGAUAGAAUCAUCAGUCAAGCAUCCUUAAAUUCUUGAUUGUUAAAAUUGAUUUCGAUUUAAAUUCGAAAAGAAAAAUUUAAAGAAUCUAUUGACGACGGAUAGGAUUUGGAAGAAUAUUGCAAGCUCGAGAGAGUACGAUUCCCACGCAGAUUAUAGGCGAUUUUUGGCGAUCGUCUGGUAUAUGUACCAAGGUAUACCAAAGUAUAUCAGAACAUUCUCAAGGUACCAAAAGCUCCACCCCUACCAAUAAUAACCUUGGUACAUAUACCAGACAAUCGCCAAAAAUCGCCUUAUAUGCGCCUGCCAAGCCUGCUCUUCAUUUGGCGCGGCAUUUAACGUUUUAGCGGCAUAAAACUUAUAAUAUGGAUAAAUAAUGCAAAUUAACCGCGUUUCUCUUAUAUAAUUUUCUAGAGAUAGGUAGGGUCGACAACGCACUAAAAUUGACUAUGGGGAAAGUAUAUUUAAAUGUAGAUAAAUAUAAUAUAUAUUAUAGUAUAUAGUACAUAUAUUAAGUAUGUAUCACCGGUAUUUCGGUGAGAUGUUUGUGCGAAUUAAUAAUGUCGGUGGAUGCACUCUUACCUCAUAAGUUAGUACUUUUUAAAGCUUAAUUCUCCUUCUCUCUCUCUUUCUCUCUCCCUUUCUAAUAUAUGCUGUAAUAAUUGAUGAAUAAUGUUGAUACUUUCAUAAAUUUGUCAGAGCGGAAUUAUGGAGUAUACUCUUAUGUUCUAGUCGGAUACAAGUCUAAAUCCUUGUCUCUGUUAUCUCAUAAUUAAUAACGAGAUUAAAUGCGUUUCGUCUCAAAAUAUUAAACGCUCUCAAAGUUGAAAUCCUUCAUAUAUUAUGUCCGCAGUAUAAAAACGCGAAAAGAUGCCUGUGACGAAAUUAAAUGCAUCUGGAUCGACCUUAUACGUGUGUGCAUUUGGUGAAUAUUAAAAAUUAAUACAAGCUAAUGUGUGUGUGUGUGCGUGUGUGUGUGCGCGUGUGUGUGCGUGGGUGUGUGUGUGUGUGUGUGUGUGUGUGUGUGUGUGUGUGUGUGUGUGUGUGAGAGAGAGAGAGAGAGAGAGAGAGAGAGAGAGAGAGAAAGAGUGAGUGUACGUAUAUUUAUGCGUGUAUAUGGAUGCGUGUACCUUAGCUAGCUAUAAUUGUAUGGAUCCAAUAGCUGGUGAAAUGUGCCAAAGAAAAAUUUAUUGUACGUUACGAAAAAGUUACUUUUAUAUAUACACGUUGUAUAUAUAUAUGUACCUAUUUGUGUGCACGCGCACAAAAAUGUGUGUCUGUAUAUGGAUGUAUGUACAAUGCAUGUCUCUCUGUGCAAUUGCAUUCGGUAUGUGUACAUAAGUGUACAACGCGCGUACGAAAUAUGGUAAGUGUAUGGCUUAGAAAUUUACAUGUAUUGUACGUGCAUACGAUCGGUACGAAGAUGCAUACUGUAUUUGCAGCGUUCGCGUGCGUCGAGGAAGAUCACGAUCCGCUACUUUUUCCGUAGUACCGUGCGCGCGCUUAAUUUAAUUAAUUGAAAAAGAACGGAGUUGUUAGUGCUCUUAUCGCAAUCUCAUUUCCCAACUGAAACGCAUUUAAAUGUCGUGCACGAUUAAUGUUUUAAUCGUUAAAUGUGACUUUCCGCCUACACUGCAAAUAUAGCAGCGUCACAGAGUCCAAUAAGAGAUAUAAACACGUCCCCCCCCCCGCCGCCUUUAAUUCGCGACUGUAAUUACUUCCUUUCAUUUUACAAAUAGUACAAAUACUCGGACAAAUCGUGGUAAAAAAGAGAUGUUUUCUCUCGUAUUCGCAAAAAAUAAAAAAUAAAAAAAUCUUUUGUAUCCUCUUCAUAUUUAUCGCACUGACAUAAUUCUGUCCAACUUUCUUCCAACCAGGGUUGGAAAGUAACACGUUAUCGUUGCAAUUAUUUUUAUCAGUAACGAAAAGAUAAUGACGUUACAUUUCUUUAUAUAACGUUAAGAGCAUUGCAGUUGCAUUUUGUAAUGAUGAACACAAUUUGAAUAGUGUUAUCAUUUAUUUUUUGUUUGAAUACUCUUAUCAUUAUUUUAUACCAUUUCUAAUAUUGCUAAAAGUAUGACGCACUUUUUUAAUGCUUAUUUUAUAUUAUAAAUUAUAUAUAUAUAUAAUAAGAAAAGUUUUGAUCUUUAAUCAGAUCAGUGAGCUAACAGAAACGUUAGUAAUAUAAACAAUAUAAGUCGUUUUGCAAUAAGAUGUCAAAUAUAAAAUAUUAAUCAAGUUAAAAUUAUAUUGACAACUUAUAAUGAAAACAAUGUUUAGCUGUUUAAUCUGCAUCUGUGAAAAAAGUUUCAAACAGCGUUUAAUUCCGCUAUAAUUAACAAAUUAUUUUGUUUAAAUUGUUUUGUUACCAAUGUUUUUAUAAGCGCACUGAAAAUGACCUGUAAUAGGAUUUUGUAAUUAACGUUUUUAAUGAUUGCGUCGAUAUCGUUACAUUAUCAUUACACAGCUCUUUACACUAUAUGUACAAUAUAAUAACUGCGCAACAAUAGUGUAACGCUACCGAUACUAUCCUUAAGAGUUACAAUAUCUUGUUUGCUGAAAAGUCGAAACUUUUGCAGUAUAUUCAUACAUAUUCAUACAUAUUCGUAUAAAUUCAAUUUAUCAAUUUAUAAUAUAAAAUACACAUGCAAUCCAAUUUAGCAUAUUAGCCUACUUCUUUUUUUCUUUAAUUAUUAACAUUUGUUUUAUUUAUAAAAUACGACGAGCAUCAGAGAAACCAACUAAAAUUUUUAUAUUAUUUCGCAACUAUAUAAAAGCCUUUAACUAAACUACAUAUACGAUAGAGUUUAUUAAAUUUUUAUCAUCAACCUCGGGAAAAAAUUGUUUAUACAUAAUUAUAUAUAAUUAUACAUCAAAUAUGUCCAUAUAUAUUAAAUAUUAAAAUAUAUAUAAUUAUAUAUAAUCAUAUAUAAUUACAUAAAAUAAUAUAUAAAUCAUUAUAUUAUAAUUAUACAUAAUUAUAUAUGAAAACUUUUUUCCCGAGAUAUACUGUCAAGUAUUAUAUACUACGUGUUAAAUAUAUAUAUGUAUAAAAUAAUAGAGAAAAGUCCAACCAAAAUCAAUGUACCAUUUCGUUUUUGGCUAAUAUUUUUUAAACAAAAGCUAAAAAUAAAUUUUUGAAACAUAAAUACAAACUAGAAAGUGUCUUCUAUCAGAUGGUAGAUAGCAGUUUUUAUAACACUAUUUUGUGUUUUGUAAUAAUUAAUGUUUUUGCAACAUAACCCAAGAAUAACGUUUGAGAAAUUGGACCCCAAAACUAGCAUAUUAGAUAGUAUUGGAAAAAUUCGGUCUUAUAGUCAAGGAGUUAAAUAUGAAAUAAAUGAAUAAAAUAAUAAAAUAUGUAUUAUAUAACAAAAUUUGUAAAAUUAAAAGGCUAGAAUUGAAACGUAAAGUCGCUGUACAGUGUAAGUGGGGAAGUGCACCACCGGUAUACUUCGCCGUGAGAACAUGCUGUAGAUCUGGUAUAAACCUCACUUAUGACAACCUUAAUCUUCAAUGUCACGCCACAAAUACAGAGGAAAGACUAAUGCUUUUUUGUCACGAUUUAGGAUUUAGACACUUUAACUUAAUUAUGUUGUUCUGCAGGUUAACAACAGUUUACUAUUUUUAAUCAUCAAGCUUUCUUUUCAAUCGUCAAGUUGAAGACGUCAACCGAAACUUAAACUCGGCGCAACCAGACAUAUAUUACCUGUUCUCACGAAGAAGUCUUACGUUUCACUACAAAGAAAAAAUAUGAAGAAAAAAAAUAUAACCAAAAUAAUGUGAGGAAACUACAAACAUAUAUAACGAUCUAAUAUUAUAAAGAAUAUAUUUACUAUUGUAUAAACUAUGUAAUUUACAAGAGAAUCAUGGAAAUUUUAUUCUCGCCUUUCAAGAAUUCGUCUUUAGCAAAUUUUACAUAAAAAAAGGGUCAUGUGUCUAUAUAUAUAUAUAAAAGAAUGUAUAAACUAUGGAUUUUUAUUUAUCUAAGCAAAUCAUGUUUUAUCAAUAUUAAUACAGAGUACAAUAUUUAAUUUCCGAGAAAUAAGAAGGUAUCGCUUUAAGAGGGAUAUGCUAGUAUUAUAAUAAAUAUACACUAAAUUUAGAACAACCGUAUCCCUUUACUAAAAGAUUGAAUUCUAUGAUACUUAUACAUAAUAUUUCAUAAUACUAAUGUCAAAAUAUAAGAGUAAUGAAAACAGUAACGACUCAUUAAUUUUUGAGAGACGGCAACGGUAACGAGUUACUUUUAUGAAACAACUUUACCGACCCUAAAUAUAAUAUUUAUAUUUGCGAUAAUGAGGAUUGCGAGAGUCGAUUGCCCACUUCUACUCGAGUCAAUGGCCGAGCUUAACGGCUUGUGAUCCUCCUUAAUUGCGUAAACUGCAAUAGUAUUCAUAGUAUUUUCAACCGAUGCAAUACCAGAUACAUGGUGAGACAGGGUUCGCUUUGUAAUCAGAGGGCAAAACUCGUCCACUCUCGUUUUAAACUUGAUAUAAAAACUCACCCUUAAACGCCGCGACAGCUAUCCGUCCACCCUUUCGGCUGUCCACGCGCACCGUCGUUCUCGACCUCAUCUACGAUGACACUGUAACGAUAAAUGAAAAAAGGGCGUUGUAAUGUUAAUGUUGUAACAAAUUUUCGUUCUCGCGGGCGAGAUUUAGCGUUUAAACAACGCAAACACGACAUUCAUUAGUUGCUUUUAGAAGCGCACUCUAAAGAGGAGGAUAAGAUACUCCUCGAGGUAUCGAUCAUUUCAACAUGAAUGUUUUAACGUUGGUUCCAAAAUAUAACAAUUGAAGAUAUAUUCUACACACACACACACACACACACACACACACAACUUUGUUUCUACAUAUAAGACUCCGUUUUAAUCGUGAUGAAGAAACAGAAGAAAGGGGAUGUUACAUCGGUCACGUGUACUACUGAACUAACAGUAAGAAGAGCAAGUGCGAACUGGCAAAGUGCGAACGUGAAGAAACGAAAUGUACAAGUUAGUUAAUACUCGAAUCAAUUCUAAACUACGCUGCUCGACUUUGCGUUCGACACACGUUUAGAGGCGUUUGGACGCGGUGAUCGUCAUUUGAUUUUCCCAUCCUGUAAACGUAAAUAAAAUCUCAGGAUCAAACGAUCGCGGCAAAUCGAAUGGCACGUAAAACCUCGCCUAACUCGCUUAUGUAUAGGCAUGGCUUAUGCCUUGGCUAUUUCUCAAAUUAUUCCAUCUAAUCUCGUUUAUUCCUGAAGAUAUUCACCAAAGUGUGUAAAUAACGUUAUAGACGUUAGCAUAGAGCAAGAUGGUACAAUGAGAUUGUAAUGUUAAUUAAUUUCUGUUUUCGCGUCACGUUGAACGUGUUACGCUAUGACACGUGUAUUCACGUAUUGUAUAUAUGAUACACAUGCAAUGACACGCACACAACACACGCGACGUGAGUGUAUGGUUGUUCUGUGUGUAUGUACGAGACAGUAUCUCUAUAUGUGAUGGGCGUACGCUACAUUUAUGUCAAUAAAAUUCAUAUUGUAACAUGCCAUUAGAAUUACCGCCACGAACAGAACGAAUCGACGAAUACGAACGUGCGAAUGAAUAUGAAAAUGUAAUCAAAAUCCGGGGACUCGCCUCAAUGUCCUUUUGACGAUCAACGUACAAAAUCGAUUAUUUACAAAAAUUUUUAAGUGCCACGUAUUAUGAAUGGCAAAUCCUAGAAACUAUCGCUGUACAAAUGAAACAACUUGCGUGUUGAAUUUCAACAAAGUGAAUACGUAAUUCUGCAAAAAUUACGAAUAGAUUAUUUUUCACUUUGGCUUUUACCUAUUAAAGACUUUUAAUUUCUCAAAAAAGUUUUUUACUGCUCGAGAUAUUAUUUAUCACUAAGAUAUUGUAUAAUACUGUUUGUCUGAAUAUUAACAUGUAUUUAUAGAGGGUGCUCCAAAAUUGUAUAUGUUAAAAACUUUACGGCGAAUCUAAAAUUGAUCUUGGCAAUUUGUUAAUCGAAAUUUUCACUUUUCAAAAAAUAUUAAAUAUUAUAUUAAUGUGGUGAUAAAUGCAAAUAUCAGACUUAAAAUUUUUUUUUAUCAAAUAUAGGUAAUUAAAAUUUCAUUUAAAGUAAAAUUCAUUUACAUGUUUAUAUGAAACUAUAUUCAAAAGCCUUAAACUUAUAAUUUUAUAAAUUAGAAUCCUGUUCUUCAUCUUCGUUCAAAAAUGAUUUGUUCUAAAUUGUUCGGAAAAUUUAUUCGUACAGAAUAUCUUGAAAACAAAUUUUGAACGAAAGAUGGAGAACAAGACUUCAAUUCACACAAUUAUAAGUAUUAUAUAUACAUAUAGCUACGCGGCUGUCGUGACGGUUUUUUGAGGACACCACCGUAUUCGAUGAGUAUUGCAGCAUAAUUUUGCAAAAAUCAGUAAUCAUCGCGCGCCAUUGUUACCGCUGCCAUUUUCAUUACCGUGUAUCCAAUUUGUGUAACUUAAAUGGUAUGACUUCGAUCGAUCUCAACUUCAGUGUUCAAAAUUAAUAAACAAAGAUUUUGUGAAACUCAUCAUGGACGACUAUACUUAUGGACUUAGAGCCGGUUUCACCAUCUACGGUUAAUUAAUUUCAACUGAGAUAAAAUUUACAAUAAUCAACUGCAAAACUUCAAACUGAUUAUUUCUAAUCUAAUUUUUUUAUUUUAAUUUGAAAAGUAUUUAAUUCUUAAUUUAAGUACAAAACUGGUCACACACGUCCGAGAAAACUUGUCAAGUAGUUAUAUGAAUGAGCAAGCGCGCUUGUUAAAUUUGUUGGAACGUGAUGAUAAAAUCGCACACUUAACUAUUUUGACUUGAGCAAGCGAUUACAUGAAAACAGUCACACUUUUACAUAGCAAAUAACUCUAUUUACAUUCUUUUUUUUUUUAAUCUGUUCUUAUAAAACAAUUGCUUCUCAAUCAAUUUUUCUUUAUUGUCAUAUAUUAUAUAAAUUAUAAUUUGCCAAAAAUCGACAAAUAAAAUUAAUGAUAUCAAAAUAAUACAAUUUUAAGUUUUACAGUUGAGUAUUCCUAAAUUUAAUUAACCGGAAAUGAUAAAACCGACCUAUAAGCCGGUAAAAGUUUUUUCAUAUAUAAUUAUACAUAUAUGCACACACACACACGCACACACACACACACACACACACACACACACACACACACACACGCGCGCGCGCGCGCACACACACACGCACACACACACGCACACGCACACGCACACGCACACGCACACGCACACGCACACGCACACGCACACACACACACAUCUUAUUUAAAUUGUUUUAACACUUGCAAGGAUACCAUAUUCAUUUGUUCAUUCUUUCUCUUCGUCUGCCCCUCCUCCCUCUUUCUCACACAUAAGAAAGUCAUCAGAUUCGAACCUUCUACUGAGCUGCGUUCAGAAUGAAUAUUUAGGUGCACCCAGACAUUAUUCUAUCCUUGUUUAACAUUCAAUAAACAACAAAGAUAAAACGACAUCUAGGCGUACUCGAACGUUCAUUCUGAACGCACCCCUGGAGAUAAUCAUGCCGGAGAACUGCUAUUCAAAUUGUCCACUUUCUUAAGGUGCUUUUUUCGAAAAGGAACGAGGUCAUCACAAUUUUAAAGAAGUUAUCCGGAAACUCUUUCUGUCUGCCGGAGAGCUGAAGUUAAUUCUAGAUCAAUGAUUAGACUCUUUGACACAGAGCUACAAAUCAAUCAGAUACUUGUCAAACGUAGCUUGUAAAAAUACGCACGCACCCACAAAUAAUUUGCGCUAACCCUGGAUAUUAUCAAAUAAUUUACCGAGAGAAAUACCCGGUUCAAUCGAUCGUCCAAAUUCGCAAAAACUUAUUCACGUUUUUACGCUUUACUUGGCGAUUCCCGUCCCGUUAUAUUUCGUAUUCGUCGAGGGCGCGAAACCGUUUGGUCGCAUUCAGUGGCCGCCGAUUGGUCCGGAAUAACGCAGUAACGGAACGACCACGGGCCAUUUUUUUAAAACUGUGUGAUAAGCGAUCUGUCGUUAGACGAAGUGUGAUGUGGUUUUACGUAACACGUUGCUACCUUGUUGUAAAUAAUAAAUAGAUUGUACGUUGCAUA